GAGCCGCGUAGUAGCACAAAGGCCGCCUCCCAACCUUGGAACCAGUAAUCCUACAGUCCUUUCCGUUUAGUGAAACGUUGAGAAUAGACAUGUCGUUGCAAGAUAGACGUGAAGAGUGGGACAAGAAUGGCCCUACCAAUGAUGAAAAAGAAUCACAAGGAUACGAUGGCCCUCCAGGGAUGGACCCUGAUGGUGUCAUCGAAUCAAACUGGGAAGAGGUUACUGACAACUUCGACGAUAUGAACCUAAAGGAGGAACUUCUCAGAGGUAUCUAUGCAUAUGGUUUUGAAAAACCCUCAGCUAUUCAACAAAGAGCCAUUAUCCCUUGCGUGAAAGGUCAUGACGUUAUUGCUCAGGCCCAGUCUGGUACUGGAAAGACAGCCACAUUUUCGAUAUCAAUCUUGCAGCAAAUUGACACUUCCGUUAGAGAAUGCCAAGCUUUGAUUUUGGCCCCCACACGUGAAUUGGCUCAGCAGAUCCAAAAAGUAGUAAUCGCAUUAGGAGAUUUCAUGUCUGCACAGUGUCAUGCUUGUAUUGGUGGUACGAAUGUCAGAGAAGAUAUGAGGAAACUCGAAACAGGUGUUCAUGUUGUUGUUGGUACACCUGGUAGGGUAUAUGAUAUGAUCACUCGGCGAGCUUUGAGAACAAGUCAUAUUAAGAUGUUUGUACUGGAUGAAGCAGAUGAAAUGUUAUCACGAGGGUUCAAAGAUCAAAUUCAUGAUGUAUUCAAGAUGCUGAAUUCUGAUGUACAGGUUAUAUUACUAUCUGCUACCAUGCCCAACGAUGUCCUAGACGUUACAAAAUCUUUCAUGAGAAGUCCUAUCAGAAUCUUAGUAAAAAAGGAAGAGCUUACACUCGAAGGUAUCAAGCAAUUCUUUGUAUAUGUUGAACGUGAAGACUGGAAAUUGGAGACUUUAUGCGACUUAUAUGAUACCCUUUCAAUUACGCAGGCUGUAAUCUUUUGUAAUACACGUCGCAAGGUGGACUGGCUUACAGAGAACAUGCACAAGCGUGAUUUUACUGUCUCUGCUAUGCACGGAGAUAUGGAGCAGAGGGAACGAGAUGUCAUUAUGAGGCAAUUCAGGACUGGGUCUUCAAGAGUACUCAUUACCACUGAUCUAUUGGCCCGUGGUAUAGAUGUACAACAAGUUUCACUAGUUAUAAAUUAUGAUUUGCCUUCAAAUAGGGAGAACUACAUUCAUAGGAUUGGUCGUGGUGGUAGAUUCGGUCGUAAGGGUGUAGCCAUAAAUUUCGUGACGGAAGAAGACAAACGUACACUUAAGGAUAUUGAGCAGUUUUAUAAUACAAAGAUUGACGAAAUGCCUAUGAAUGUAGCGGAUCUCAUCUAAAGAGCCUAGUGUGUCAGUGUGUUUCUACGACGUUUCUCCUGGAGGUCUUAUGGUGUGAGUAUUAGCUUUCUACGCUAAGUCUGCGAGAUAUAUAUACGAAUAUUGUGCGCCAUUUUGUCUCUUUAGGAUAGCGCCGUGCACGCUGCCUACUUUCUGAUAAGAACUCUGAAGAGUGUCAAUUUUAUAUUUAUAUAUAUAUUUAACUGUUCCAUUUUGGUUGUCCCAAUAGUGUGACUUUUUAGUUCAGAUAAGAUAUUUAGGGUUAAUUUGGAGACGUGUGGCUGUAUGAAAGCCCUGGGAGCCCCGAUUCAUUCGGGGCAUCCCAAGGGCUCUCGAUUCCUUCCAGUGAUUCGCUCCAUGCAGUUUGUUCGUCUCCGCAAGGGUUUAGUUGGUAUCUGGAAAGGUUAUUAUAUCCAUAAGAGAUGUAGAAGGAAAUUUUCUGGAAUACUUAUCAGUUGGGAAUUUUUUGUACAUUAAGAGUUAAUAAAAGUGGUGACGAACUA